AUGUCCGAGCUCCCAAAAACUGUUCCUGCUACAUGGUACACCAGCGACAAAUUCAUAGAGGCGGCCAAGCACAAGAUCUACAAUAAGGGCUGGCACUUUGUGUCUAUUGUUAACGCGUUUUCCAUGCACCCUGAGCUGAACGACGGGCUGAAAGAGGCGUUGCAACUGGACUUCGUGGGCAACCCAUUUUUCGGGCUGUGCAACGUCGACGACCCCUACGCGGUCAAGAGUCUGAACCUGCGGUACGGUGUCUACAAGGACGUCGUAGAAGGAUGCACUAGCGAGGAAGAGAUAGCCGCGAGGAUCGAGAAGCUGGAAACAGUCAAUCACGUGGUCACCGAGGGCGGGCUGGUGUUCAUAACCCACGAAAGAACUCCCUCGCAGACUCUGGAGGAUUAUUUUGGGAACGAGCUGGGCCGGUUUAUUAAUAACAAGGAUUUCCGAAGCCGCACGCUGCGCCGCAGACUCGUAUAUGAGUGUGACUAUAAUUUCAUGACUUUUAUUGACGGGUACCAGGAGUGUUUGCACUGCCAGUAUACACACCCUGCUUUCAGCAAAGUGUAUCCGUUCGAGUUCUACAAGGUUGACAUUCACACCAACUUCUGCCGCCACCACUGCAAUCCUGUAGGCGAGCAGGACGACGCAGGACUAUUUCUGUAUUUUUUCCCAUCAUGCACCCUGAACCAAUACGGGGGAGGCAUGGGAAUUUUCCGCGCGAAUCCAGUCAACGGUAACAAGACGCGCAUGGAGUUUGAGUAUUUCUUCGACGGCAGCGACGAGCAGUUCGAGGCCUACUUCAAGUUUGCGAGACAGGUCGCGCUCGAGGAUAUUUGGCUGUGUGAGGCCGCGCAACAGAACCUGAUAGGUGGGGUGUACCAACGGGGUUUACUACACCCCAAAAAGGAAGUGGGGGUGGUUUACUACCAGUCGCUGGUUCGUGAAAGAAUCAUGGCUUAA